AGGAUGAACGAUAUCAAGUGUCUAUUGUUUGCAAAGGUCAAAGAAUUGAUGUUGGGCGAUGGCGUUGCGGUUGACCACGUCAUUGUAAAGUUGCCCGUAGACAGCUGUGACACCAACUCAUUGAUAGCCAAUCUCAAGACUCAAUAUCCAUCGGCAUCCAAUCUGUUAGAUGUAUGUAUGGUUGCGAUCAAUCUAGAAUACAUUGAGAAGGGUACCAAUGCAGUGAUCAAGCCAACAGACGAAGUAGCAAUCAUACCACCCGUCAGCGGAGGUUAA